CGCGGACUUCCAGUGGAUGCCCGUUCCCCCGACCGGUCGAUAACCGAAACCUCAUUGCAACGUGCUCAUGGCACAACUGCGGGAUUACUUGCACACUGCAGUACCAACUCCGUUGAUGGACGUCGGAGUAGAGGUUGUCGACCUUCAUAAUUACAUUGCGAAGAUCGACCGCGAGUUCAUGACACAACGGUACGAUGACAUCGACGCACCAUUGUUAUAUGUACGCAUUCAGAUCGGAGAGGGGACCUGCAGCGCUUUGAUCGAUUGCGGAGCAUCUCGCAACUACAUGAGCCAGGACUUUAUGGUACGCGCCGGCCUUGGCCCACGCGCCUGGAGGAAGUCCCAGCCUACGCAAGUCACAUUGGCAGACGGUCACACGCACAAGUCAAUCGACCGGUGCAUAGAUGACGUCCCCGUGUACUUUGCCCCGCAUGCAAGCGAGGCGGUGUCCUUCGAUAUUUUGGACACCAAAUUCGACAUGAUCUUGGGCAUGUCAUGGCUGCGAAGCGAGGAUCACCCGGUGAACUUCUACCACCGCACCGUUCACGUUCGUGAUCGGAACGGAGUACUAGUCCCAUGCACGGUGCCUCCUCCUCACCCUUCGAUCAACUGCCACGUGGUGUCCGCCGCAAGCAUGCGAGCUUCCAUCAUCAGAGACGACAUCGAGGAGACGGGGGUGUGUUUUCUCCACGCCCUCCCGCCCCAUGACGCUUCAUCGAUGGACUCAUCUUCGGACCUACGCAUCACCGAGCUUCUCGACGCCUACGGCGACGUGUUCGAAGGCCCGCACGGAGUAGUACCGGAUCGGCCCAUCCGCCAUGAGAUCAUCCUCGAGGACGGGGUUGUACCUCCGCGUGGUUGCAUCUACCGAAUGAGCGAGGAAGAGCUAAGUGUGCUACGGGCACAACUCGACGACCUUCUUGAGAAAGGCUGGAUUCGGCCUAGCUCCUCGCCAUACGGUGCUCCCGUUCUCUUCGUCCGGAAGAAGAACAAGGAUCUGCGGUUGUGCAUCGAUUAUCGCAAGCUCAACGCGCAAACGGUCAAGAACGUCGGCCCUCUUCCACACAUUGACGACCUCCUCGAACGGCUGGGCGGCGCCAAGUUCUUCUCCAAGCUAGACCUCAAAUCGGGAUAUCACCAACUCGAGAUCCGGCAGGAGGACCGCUACAAGACCGCGUUUAAGACGCGAUAUGGGCAUUUCGAAUGGCUGGUUAUGCCGUUUGGCCUUACGAAUGCCCCAACCACUUUCCACGCGGCUACGACAACGGAGUUCCGACACAUGCUGGAUCGAUUCGUACUUAUCUACCUCGACGACAUUUUGGUGUACAGUCGGAGUUUGGACGAGCAUGUGGAGCACCUGCGCACCGUUUUGGAGCGGCUACGACAAGCCAAGUACAAAGCCAACCGCGACAAAUGCGAAUUCGCGCGGCAGGAGCUGGAGUACUUGGGACAUUAUGUGCCAUUCGUAUUCGAUGACGAUGCACGUCGGUCAUUCCAAGCACUUAAGACGGCUAUGCUCAUGGCACCCGUCCUUAGCAUUUAUGACCCCACCCUGCCGACGCGAGUGACUACGGACGCUUCCGGCUAUGGCAUUGGGGCAGUCUUGGAACAGCACGACGGCGACGACURGCACCCUGUGGAGUAUUUCAKCCACAAAGUGCCUCCCAUCAAUUCGCUUGAUGAUGCAAGGAAGAAGGAGCUGCUCCCAUUCGUGAUGGCUCUCAAGCGCGGCGGCACUUCCUCCUUGGGCGUCGUAGGUUCACAUGGGUCAUAGACAACAAUCCAUUGACCUUCUACAAGACGCAGGACACGGUGAGCAGCACGAUCGGACGAUGGAUGUACUUCAUCGACCAAUUUGACUUCACACUGAAACACCUCCCCGGCCUCUCCAAUCGCGCAGCAGAUGCACUCUCGCGAAGACCCGAUCUUUGCGCUAUGACACAUCAUGCCUUCGCAUUCGACGAGGAACUCCAGCGACACUUCAUCCGAGGCUAUGAGUCCGAUCCGUUGUAUGCGCGACUAUCUUCGGAUCACCCGCCAGCCAGCCACUAUCGCAUUGUCGAUGGGUGCUUGCUCCUCCACUCGCGGGGCAAGGACUUACUAUGUGUCCCACCGUCUUGGGACUCGCCUUCUCGGCGAGUAUCAUGAUUCGUGACUCGCCGGCCAUUUUCGGAG